AGUGGACUGUGUUGAACCAUCGUGUGGUGGGCGUGGCUGGUGCGUGGAAGGGUCGCUGUGUGUGCCGGGCCGGCUGGACCGGCAAUAACUGCUCUACGGUGGACCACAAGGUGUUCACUUGUCUCCCAGACUGCUCCGGUCAUGGCCAUUACGACCUCCACACCUCCGCCUGUGUCUGUGACACCUUUUGGACGGGCCCGGACUGUGAGGAAGCUCGGUGUAGUCUUGAGUGCGUGCACGGAGAGUGCGACAAGGGCGGGUGCGAGUGCCAGGCUGGUUGGACAGGGGACAGGUGCGACCAGCGGUCGUGCGACCAAAGGUGUAACCUGCACGGACAGUGCCACAAUGGCACCUGCGUCUGCGUGCAGGGUUGGAACGGCAGACACUGCACCAUACCGGGAUGUGUUAACGGGUGUUCGGGCCAUGGCAUGUGUACCACAGUGGACCGCCAGUACCUGUGUGAGUGUUCUGAAGGCUGGACCGGACCAGACUGUUCCGUUCAGCUGGAAACUCGCUGUAGCGACGAGAUUGACAACGACGGAGACGGCCUCACCGACUGCUCUGACUCAGAGUGCUGCUCUAUGGAUGCUUGUACCGACCACGUGAUGUGCAUGGUGUCCAGCGACCCCGUGGAGGUGCUCCUGCGCAAGCAGCCGCCCGCUGUCACCGCCUCCUUCUACCAGCGCGUCAAGUUCAUCAUCGAGGACUCCAGCGUGCAGAGUUUCGCCCAGAAAGACGAGUACACCGAAAGUCAGUUUUGGAGCUACUACUCUCCGCGGAGGGUGGCUGUCAUCCGCGGGAGAGUCGUCACUCCUCAGGGGCAAGGCAUCGUCGGCGUCAGAACCAGUGUCGACAAGGAGUCCAGAUUCGGCCUCACCGCCACCAGGAAAGGAGGAUGGUUCGACGUGCUGGUGAAUGGUGGCGGAGCGGUGACUCUGCAGUUCCAGCGGGCGCCGUUCGAGCCCCUGACAGUGACAGUACCAGUGCCAUGGAAUCAAAUCGUCGUCCUCGACCCCAUUGUUAUGAGGCUGAAGGGUCAGGAGCCUCAGGAGGACCACUCCAGUGGUGAGGGUGGCAGCGGCAGCAGCGGUCGGGGUGGUGGAUGGGGAGAACCAUGCUUAGAGCAUGACCACAGCAUGAUAGCUCCCCAGGUAGUGUCCACCUACCUGCCCCACACUGUGGGUGGCGCCCCACACCAGCCAGUUGUCUUCACCGAGACUCAGGUGGUACAAGAGUCUCUACGUGUACCUGGCAGUGAUCUUCACCUAGUGUACCACUCCAGCAGUGUGGCCGGCUACCUCUCCACACUGCUGCUGCAGCUUACACCCAUGGAGGUGCCUGCUUCACUCUCCAUGGUGCACCUCAAGGUGACACUCGAAGGUUCCGUGUUCGAGAAGGUGUUCGAGGCUGACCCCAACAUCACCUAUACCUUCACCUGGAACAAGAGGAAUGUGUACAAGCAGAAGGUAUAUGGUGAAGCAACGGCGCUUGUAUCUGUGGGUUACGAGUAUGUGACGUGCACCAGUGUGCUGUGGGAGACACUCACGGCCACCCUGCAUGGAUUCCACAUGGACAUUUCCGACGUGGGAGGCUGGAACCUCGACAUCCACCACAUGUACAAUUUCGAAGCCGGUCUGCUGCAGCGUGGUGACGGGUCGACGAUGAGCCUGCGAGAGGCGCCGCGGCUGGUGUCACCGCUGAUGGGGACGGGGUCGCAGCGGCAGGUUGUGUGUCGCCAUUGUUCCGGCCUCGCCCGAGACGCUCAGCUCCUUACCCCUACCAGCCUCGCCGCCGGCCCCGACGGAUCCGUCUAUGUGGGAGACUUCAACCUUCUGCGCAGGGUCACUCCGGACGGCAUGGUCUACACUCUCCUACAGCUCAGUGCGACGCAGGUGUCCUAUGGGUACCACAUUGCCGUGUCUCCAGCUGACGGUCAGGUUUACGUUAGCGACCCAGAGAAAUAUAAGGUUGUGCGGGUCCUCUCCCUCACCGACGUCACUGAACCCAGUACAAACUCGGAGACCGUCGCUGGUAACGGCGAGCGAUGCAUCCCAGGGGACGAGCGGCACUGCGGGGACCGAGGACCUGCCCGCAAGGCCCGCCUCGCACACCCCAAAGGCCUGGCCAUUGCAGCAGACCGCACCAUGUACAUCGCUGAUGGCACCAACAUCCGCAUGGUGGACCCUCAAGGCGUCAUCCACACCCUGAUCGGCCACCAUGGACACAAGACCCGUUGGAGACCACUCCCCUGCACCGGAGGACUGCCAGCUGCCCAGGUGGAGCUGCAGUGGCCCACAGGUCUUGCUCUCUCCCCCCUCGACGGCUCCCUUCACAUCCUCGACGACCACGUAGUAUUGCAGGUCACUGCCGAUGGUACUGUCCGCGUCAAGGCGGGCACUCCCUUGCACUGUCCAGCCACACAGGAUAAGCCAGCUGUUGGAACCAUCACUGGGCUGUCGUUUGCGCCGUCAGGCUCUCUCUUCCUGACAGAGGAAGACUCUCACAAGCGUCACGCUGUGCUCGAACUCACACCUUCAGGUCACCUCAGGAACUUUGCUGGGGCCAAGCCAGACUGCGGCUGUGUUGACGAUGACUGCACCUGUCCUGCUGAAGACAAGAUCCCUCUGUCCACAACGACGGUGCUGGGGUCAGUGUCGGCCAUCACCGUGUCACCUGAUAGCGUCAUCCACGUUGCUGAUCAGAAGGCCCUGAAACUCCUCAGCUUCUUCCAUUACCUCCCUCCCGACGACCAGAACGGCGACUUUCAGGUGGCAUAUCCCCGUACGAACGAGCUGUACGUGUUCAAUCGGCACGGACACCACGUGGAAACUCGCGACCUGGUGACGGGCAGGACCCUCUAUUCUUUCCUCUACUCGAAGAACACUUCCUUCGGCAGGCUCUCCAAGGUCACCGACUCCUCUGGCAACAAGGUCAUGUUCCUCAGGGACUAUAACUCGGCUGUUAGUCAGAUCGAGAACACUAUGGGCGAGAAGUUCGCGGUGAGGAUCAGUCGCCUGGGACUGAUGACCAAGUUCUCUGAGAGACCUGGACGAGUGUAUGACUUCACUUAUGAUGACGACACCGGCCUCCUCGUCGCCUCCACCUCUCCAGGUCGCCUGACGUACGUCUACGAAUACGAUGAAACAGGUCGCCUGGUGACAGUGGUGGCUCCCACGGGCACACGGGUGGGUGUGGACUCGUGGAUGGGCGGAGAGGGCGCUCACAGGAGCCUCAGUGUGGGCGUGGGAGGCAGCCAAGGCCAGCACAACGCCCAUGUGCUGACCAUGACCAGCAACACCAGAGCAGUCUUCACGCAAGGAGAGGUUCGCUCGGAGCUGCGGGUGUGGUCCAACGGCACUUGGCGGCAGGACCUCCCGUGGGGCGGCUACGCCCGAGCCCUGGCCUCCGCCUCCUCCCCGCUGCUGGAAGUGUCACUGCCCACACAGGCCAGUCUCCUGCCGGCCAUACACCGCUAUGAAGUGGCCAUGGCCCCCGGACCGCCCAACGCCCUCACCAUCAGCUACGGCGUUGGCGACCGCCGGAGAAAUGAGCGGGUGGUGGAGACGGUUCUUCUGGUGAAUGGAUCUCGGGUGUUGCGACGCGCUUGGGAUGGCACCAGUCGCACGGAGUCGCUGACGGACGGAGCCAGUCAGCCGCUACUACGUCUGACAUACGACCACAACGGACACCCGACCUCCCUCACCCUGGGUGACCACCUCUCCUCCCUCAACGUUACCUACGACAGGUUCGGUCGGACGGAGGCGCGUCAGUGGGACUGGUCGAGUGAGACUUACCAGUAUGACGAGCAGGGACUGCUCUCUUCCGUGUCUUCCCACACCGCACACACCACCAGCUACACCUUCGGUGACACCAGACUGCCAGCCACCAUGACCCUGCCCUCUGGUCGUUCCUGGAGGCUCCACUACGAUGAGCGGGGCGGCCUCAAGUACGUCACUACACCCACGGGAUCCGCCCACUUUUUCUCUAUGCAGCCGUCAUUCGGAUGGUUUGUGUUCUCGUACACUCCACCUGGGUCGACGCAUUCGUAUAAGCAGUACCUGGACCAUGCCGGACGCCUCAUGCUCACUGCCUUUCCCGCUGCCUCCGCCAAGGUCCUCUAUACCUACACUGAAUCAGGACAGCUCAAGGAGAUCGUGUCUGGCGACGGUAAGACAGAGUUUUCUUACGGCAGCGACGGCCUCCUGUCAGAGAUUAUGCACGAGGAGUUGGACCUGGAGUACAAAAUGGACCUAUUGUACAACGGGCGGCUUCUGCAGGAGCACCGUAUCGACUACGGCGCCAGAACUGGCCUCAGCAACGUUAAGUUUACCUAUGAACAUGAUUCUAACUUCCGCGUGACGAGCUUUGCGGGGCGCAUCGGCGGCCAGAACUUGCAUCCUUUUCCCUUCGCCUACAACCCGUCCACUGGAGGCCCCUCGCAGAUCGCCCACUUCACGGUAACCAGGGCGAAGUUAAACGAAACGACCAUCCACGAUGGCACGGCUAUCUUUUCCCGGCAGCUCAACUCUCACCUGCAUGUAGCCCAGUCGGCCGUCACCAUUCACAACAUGGAGGUGUUCAAGCUGCAGAUUUUCUACAACCCCGACGGAAAAAUAACUCAGACCAAGACGUUCACGCGCAACUACCACAGCAAGCCCUACACCAACACCCGCAACUACACCUAUGACGCGGACGGGCAGCUGAUCAGUGUGGAGGCCAAGGAGCCGUGGAGCUUCUCCUACGAUGCCAACGGCAACAUGCUUUCCCUCACUUACUCCACCAACACCAUCCCCAUGAAGUACGAUUCUCAGGAUCGUAUCGUCAAAUUCGGUGAGGGAGUGUACCGCUACGACUCGCGGGGCGCGAUCGUACAGAACGCACGCGAGGUCACCUAUCACUACAAUGCUCGCGGUCUCCUGGUACGGGCAGCUAAGUCCGGCCGCUUCAACAUCCGCUAUCUCUACGACCACGAGGACCGCCUGGUGGCCAGAAAAGAUAACUUUGGAAACGUGACGCAGUUCCUGUAUACAGACCAGCGUCACCCGGACCAGGUGACGCACAUCUACAGCCCUCGUGACGGGAACCUCAUCACUCUGCUCUACGAUGACCGAGGACAUAUCAUCUUCGCACAGGUGUACCGUAACAAAUACUACAUCGCGACGGACGAGUGCGGCACACCGGUGAUGGUGUUCAACAAGUACGGUGAGGUGGUGCGCGAGAUGAUGCGCUCCCCCUACGGUCACAUCAUGUACGACUCCAACCCAUACCUUUACCUCCCUGUGGACUACUGCGGCGGCCUCCUCGAGACCCGCACUGAACUCGUCCACAUGCCCCGGGGGCGCAUCUACGACCCACUCAUAGGCCAGUGGCUGUCACCAGCGUGGGAGGACGUCCUCAACAACAUUCUCACCCCGGGCAAGCUCUCCCUCUACCGUUUCAAUGGCAACGAUCCUAUCAACGUUCAUCUCACUCACUGGAAGAACUACGACUACAAGGCGUGGCUGGCGCGGCUGGGAUACAACCUGGAAAGUCUUGCCCCUCAGCUGGCGUGGGCGUCCAGCACCCCACGCCCUCCCCCGUCCCUGUGGCAAGCCUUCACUCGCGCCCCUAUUUUACCAAUGCGCGCAGCCUCCUCCCCAUUCGCUCAACAGGUGGUGGGUGUGGGGUGUGUAAGUGGUCUGGUGCUGACACUGGAGGAGGCCGCCCAUACCACCGCCCGCUUGUCAACCCUAGCGCCCACACGGCUCCGACAUGACUUCUGGCCCCACCGUCACAAGGUGGAGAUCUCUGCGGUGCCAGGGCCAUUUGGCGAGGGUUUGCUGGUGUCCUGUGUAGAGGGCCGUGCCAUGAUCACUGCCACGGACCAGGCCAACCCCAUCUUCAGGGAUGUCCUCACCUCAGUCUUCAACAACUCCCUCCUGCUCGACAUCACCCUUACCACCCAUAACACACACGUCUUCUACUUCGUCAAGGAGAACUAUUGGAAAGCGUCUGAGGACAUGACGCAGUUGAACCGUCUAGGCGGGGAGGUGAACAUUACAAUCCACGAGCCCUCCUCCUCCCAGCCUCUCACCCCCACAGAAGAAGGAUCAGACAAGUUUGUUGAUGUGAAGCUCCACAGCGCCUCAGCUGUCAUCCACAUCCGCUAUGGCACCACCAUCUUGCAGGAGAAGAAACGGCUCCUCAGACACGCCAAGAAGGUGAGGAGGGAAGAAGUGGUAGGGGAAAGAGUGGUGGGUAUGGAAAGGAAGGUAAGUGGGGUAAAAAAAAAAAAUUACCUCGGCGUUUCACUGCCCGUUCUCCAUCCCCAGGUGGCCUACCGCGUGCUUGACGUCCGACCAACGUCGCUUCUUCAUGGAUCCAAUGCCAGACGAAACUCAAAGACGCGAGCGAGAUCAGAAGAUGCCCAGCAUAAAAAGAAAAGUUGGCACCUCCGCAAAGUGACCCAGAUACAGUGUUCACCUCCCUACAGCGAGUGUGCACCUCCCUACAGCGAGUGUGCACCUCCCUACAGCGAGUGUGCACCCCCUACAGCGAGUGUGCAUCCCCCUACAGCGAGUGUGCACCCCCUACAGCGAGUGUGCACCUCCCUACAGCGGGUGUGCACCUCCCUACAGCGGGUGUGCACCUCCCUACAGCGAGUGUGCAUCCCCCUACAGCGAGUGUGCACCCCCUACAGCGAGUGUGCACCUCCCUACAGCGGGUGUGCACCUCCCUACAGCGGGUGUGCACCUCCCUACAGCGGGUGUGCACUUCCCUACAGCGGGUGUGCACCUCCCUACAGCGGGUGUGCACCUCCAUACAGCGGGUGUGCACCUCCCUACAGCGAGUGUGCACCUCCCUACAGCGAGUGCGCACCUCCCUACAGCGAGUGUGCACCUCACUACAGCGGCGGGUGUGCACCUCCCUACAGCGAGUGUGCACCUCCCUACAGCGAGUGCGCACCUCCCUACAGCGAGUGUGCACCUCCCUACAGCGAGUGUGCACCUCCCUACAGCGAGUGUGCACCUCCCUACAGCGAGUGUGCACCUCCCUACAGCGGGUGUGCACCUCCCUACAGCGGGUGUGCACCUCCCUACAGCGGGUGUGCACCUCCCUACAGCGAGUGUGCACCUCCCUACAGCGAGUGUGCACCUCCCUACAGCGAGUGUGCACCUCCCUACAGCGAGUGUGCACCUCACUCCCGAUACACAAAUCGAAUCCGGAUCUCUGAUUAA